UAUUACAGAAGACGGAGAUAUAUUUUCCUCUUUUCCAUUCGGUUUCUGAGACAUUACACUUUCUCCUGGCGUGGGUUGGUUGAAAAGGACAAUUUCGGAACAAAGCAACAACCAGCAAUCCCGCCGACUGCUAGCAGCCAGCUUUACCGGCUGCGGUGCUCCAACUCAAUCAAACUCCUCAGCUCGGCUCCACUAGAAACAGCCGUAGGUAAAGUGCGUAGAUUGAUUAUUUUCUUUUCUUUUCCGCUUGUUAAUUUCAGUAAUUCGUGCUUCCCAUGCUGUGAUACGAAACCCUAGUUGUCUUCAGGACAAGCAUCAAUGUUUUCUAUCUAUCUAUCUAUCUAUCUAUCUAUGAUCUUGGGCAGUCGUUGAUUUCUGCUACUUGCUCUUAAAUUCCACUUUCUUGAGGUCAGCGUACUAUAUCAAUUAUAUAUCCAAAUGCGAUGAAGCUGCUGUUUGCUGUGCUGUUCAACUUAGCACUUAGCACAUAGUGAUAUAAGGUAGAAGAGUAGCGCCUCUGGCAGUUUCCUUUGAAUUUAAUAGCGCUUUCUACUGCCUCUGGGUUCUCAUUAAUGAUGACAAACACUUCUGAAGAGUUGGGGAAGCAUUCAACCUCAGUGUAUCGUGUGAGAGAAGACAGUGAAUAUGUUCGGCUGGUUAUAUCCAACGAAACAAGGACGGCAGAAGCUGAUAUCUUGCAGCCACAAUCAGAAACAAGAGUUAAAUCUUUUUUGUGGUGGAUUAGAGCCUUAGCUGGGUGCCUUGUUAUCAUUAUAUUUCUUCUCAUUUUCUUAAAAUGGGGGAUGCCAUUUCUUUUUGAAAAGGUUCUCUUGCCAAUAUUGCAGUGGGAAGCCACUGCCUUUGGCCGUCCUGUUCUUGCCCUUGUUCUUGUUGCUUCUCUCGCUUUGUUCCCUGUGGUCUUAAUACCUUCUGGCCCUUCCAUGUGGUUGGCUGGAAUGAUUUUUGGUUAUGGCUUCGGGUUUGUUAUAAUCAUGGUUGGAACAACUAUUGGGAUGGUCCUGCCUUAUUUGAUUGGUCUGUUUUUCCGUGACCGCAUCCAUCAAUGGUUAAAGAGAUGGCCCCGGAAUGCUGCAAUGAUUAGACUUGCUGGGGAAGGUAGUUGGUUCCAUCAAUUUCGAGUGGUUGCUCUCUUUAGGGUUUCACCCUUUCCAUACACAAUCUUCAACUAUGCAAUCGUGGUUACCAGUAUGACAUUUUGGCCCUACCUAUGCGGAUCAGUUGCUGGAAUGGUGCCAGAAGCUUUCAUUUACAUCUACAGUGGUCGCUUAAUAAGGACAUUUGCAGAUGUUAAGUAUGGGAACUAUCACUUGACUACAGUUGAGAUCAUAUACAACAUUAUAUCCUUAAUUGUUGCAAUUAUAACCACAGUUGCUUUUACUGUUUAUGCGAAAAAUGCUUUAAACGAGCUUAAAAGAGAAGAAGAAACUAGUGGAGUGGAAGCAUCUGCCUCGGGGCAUGGCAGUUUAGAGAUGGAGAAAGCUUCCCGUUGAAAAACCUAAGCAUAUAGGAACAUGGUAGGCCGGUCACCCAGGGGAAUUUGAUGGCAGAUAAUUGGAUUUGUUAGCGAUGUUUUAUGUCUUCCCCUUUUAGGGGAAGAAGGGGAGGGGUAGGUUUUGUAACUAUGUCAAAUAGGCAAACAAAGGAAAAAAAAAAAAAGAUUGAUACUAUUGUGUAUAAAAUGUAGAAAAUUUUGAACUACAGUGCGCAUACUUUGUAGUCACGUGGAUGUUACAUAUUCUCAGCUAGUUUUUUAUUUUUUAUUUUUCUAAUCUGCCGCGAGCCUUCUAGACUAGCUGCGGAACUAGAGAUUUGGAUAUUUCGAUUGAUUUCCUGUAAA